AUGUUACUAUUUAUUUUUAAGUUGGAAGAGACAACCAAUUUUGAAGAAAGACGUGAGAUUAGACAAAAGCUUAGAGAGCUACGCAAAAAGAAACUUGAUGCUUUAGAGUCAGCUACAACUACAGCAAAUGAAAGACCAAGAAGGAGGGAUAGAGUGAAAAGAGAAGAGCAAACUACUAUUAUAACAGAGACAAAAACAACCACUGGUGAUUCUUUGGAGCCAUCAACAGUACAAACUAAGGUGGAGGUUAGUUAUAGUCACACAGUGGCAACUGAUGAACCCUCUGAAAAUGGUCAUGAAAAUGGACAUGUUGAAAGUGAAAAUGUUGUUGAAGAGGAAACAGUUUCUGCUAAAGAGGAAAAUGUUGUUGAGGAACAGCCAGUGGAAGGUGAAAGUGCAGCUCAGUUUAGUAUAGAAAUAAAUGGGGAAAAAAGUUCCCAAGAUAAAGAUGAAGAAGAAGUGGUGCCAACCCCACAGUCUGAACUUUCCACAGACACUGAAACCGUAGAAAAAUCCUCUGAAAAAGUCAUUGAGGAUGAACCAGCACAGGACAAUGAAGAAGAAGAAGAAGAAGUGGAAGAAGUGGAAUUAACACCAGAAGUGAUUGAGAAGAUGGAGGACUUAGAUCAAUUAGAGAAACUGGUGAGCAUGAGUCAAAACAAUUUUUCUGUGUGGUUCAAUUUACUCCAUUUCUUAAACUGUGCAUUCAUCCAAAGCCUUUUAACCAUUUAAGUUUUGACAUCAGUAUCCAUAUUCUCCAUACUCUUCUUAACUCAUUUCCUUUGGUACUGACAAGGAGAAUUUGUUUUACAAUCAAUAGGUUUUUAGUUGGUGAUUGUUUCCUCCAUUCUCAUGACCUCAAAUGUGUGUUUCAGAGUUGGUAUUGUAAGGAGAAAUUAGAUGCUAGUCACUCUAAUGGGUCAAAGGGUUAAAAGUUGAAAAAACUUUUUUUGAAAGCAAUUUAGAGAACACUUGAAAAAUUAAUGAUUCUGUGAUUCAUUACCUUCAUUUCUUCCCCCUUUUAUUUUUUCUUACUUUUCCCUUUUUUUUUUUCAGCUUAAAGAUGUUCCUUUAAAUGAAUAUGCUCUGAGAAAGGCAAUAAGGCUACAAAUAAGACAACUGAGAGUCAAGAAAGGUUUGUGUUUUUCUGUUCUCACUAUGCUCUAAGUUUUAAAUGACUGAGAUUUCACCAGAACUUAAUAUCUUUAUAACCUUUUCUUUGCAAACUUGCGAAAUGAAGUUAUCAUGGAGCAGUGAUUCAUUUUUUUGCAUAACUUUCAGAUAGCAUUUUUUGUGUUUCAAACAGUGGUAAUAGCAGCAUCCCAUACUUCAUUUUUAUAACCCUUUACACCCAUACAUCAGUAUGCAUAUUCUCUAUACUGAUCUCUAUAGAAUUCCCAUAGUACUGACAGGAGUUUUUGUGCAUUCAGAUCAAGGGCUCCUUCAGCUAGUGAUAACAUCCUGUAUUCUUGCAACAUUAAUGUCUGAUUCAUUGGUAAAACUGUGAGGAGAAAGUCAGUGCUAUUCACUCUUAGGGGUUAAAGGGUUAUCUGUUCCUUUUAAUGCCCCUUAGGACAUGAAAUUGAUAUAAUCUCAACUGAAUUAAGUAUUUUGCAAGUUCUUUUAGUUCUCUGGUAAAUUAGCAAUUUUGAAGUGUAGAUGGAUAACUUGAGAUAUGAUCAAACUACAGCAAUGCAAAAGAAUACUCGAGUGGCAUCUAAAUUCAAGUCAGAGGCUCCAGCACCUAAGGGAAUGAGGUUAGUAUAGCAGCUGCUUUGAGACACAAAAGUAAUCUGUUGCCUGUUUGUACUCACUUUUAUAUUGACAGAGAUGAACAAAGAUAGUGAAAUUGGGCUAGGGUUUAGAAAGAGAGAUAGAGUCAAUCAAGAAGAUGACUUACCAGGAAAUAAAACAUCCGUGAGAAACCAACCUUCUGAGUGUUCCAGGUCACAGAUAUCUGAUGAUAGUGGAUUGAGUUCCGGUACUGAAACCAUGGCUUCAGUAUCCAUUGAUGAGGAUAAUGUUCAGCUUGAUAUUGACAGUGUGAAGCCCCAAGCAGUGGCUAGUGACUCUGAUGCAGAUGAUGCUUCCUCCACAGUAUCUAGCUUAACCUCUGGGAGUGCUUCCGAGCCAGAGGUUGUCAAAUCUCCACCUCCAAGACCUCCUAAACCAUCUAGACCUAUGUCAAGCACUCCUAUCGAGAGAAGAUCUGAUGGAGAGCUUUCAGGAGAUUUUAAAACUCGAGUACUAGGAAGCUCAACUACACCAAUAAGAGAUCUGUCAAAAAAGCCUAAAUCUUCAGGUCCUGAGCAAGUGGAUUUCCGAAACCAACUUAAGAAAACUGGUUUGAGAGCUGAUAGAGAUUUGACAGCACAGGGGAAAAGACAACAACAGGGAGAUUUCCGUGGACAACUGAAGUCAACAGGUAUUGAUGCAUCAAGAAAUUUAUCAGUGCUAAGAAAUGCAGGUAAAAAAAAGGAAGGGUCUGCUCAGGUUGAUUUCAGAGGACUUCUUAACAAAGCAAAGGGUUCUGAGAGUCCUGUUGAUAAAAAAACACCUCCACGUCCUCCCCCAACAUACUUAUCAAAGAUAGCAGACUCUGGGGCUUCAGCUUCCCGAACCUCUGCUGGAAGUCUGUCAACUGAUGGCAAGGAAGGGGCAAAGGACUCGGAAAGUAAAGCUGGUCGAAAGAUCUCAAGUUCAGACCUGCUGAACAUGUUGCAUAAGCCUGUUGAGACUUCCAAGGAAAGUUAUCUUGUACAGCGAGGUAUCAAGAAGGCAGAGGCCUCAAAAUCGGUGACUCAGAAGUUUGUAGCACCAUCAACUAGUACAACAGAUGAGGCACUUCAAGCUCGCAUGGCAGUGAGAAAGGAAAGGUCAGAGAAACUUAUUCCUCCAGUCAAAGAUCCUCGAGAACAAAGAAGAGCUUCCAAAGAUGAGGAAAUGAAAGAUUUUCGUACAGUGUUAAAGAAAGCUGCUACUCAAAAAUCAAGAGUAUUGCCCAAAGGAAUUGAACAUGAAGGGGAGCAGGAAACUUCAGCAGGUGAAGCCAAAAGGUAAGAGGGUUUCAAAUGAAGCUAUUUUUGUGAUGGUGUUUUGUAAGUCUUGUUCUGUGGUGUGAUUCUGUGAUUCUGCUUGCUAAUAAUAAACUGAUCUUUCUUGCAAAUUCUCUCCUAUUGACUUUCUAUUUUCUUUCUUUACCUAACCUCUACAGAACCUGUCUACAAGGCUGUCUCUGGCAUGCAGGUCUUUUUAUAAGUUUCAGUAAAUUAUUGUAACUGAGCUGUUUUUAAAAAUUUGGCUAGGAAACUUUUUGUAUAAGAAAGCCAGAAUCUGCUCUUUGGAAGAAACAGGGAAGUUGGAAUAAUUAAUCAGAGAACUUUCUAGUGAGAGUGACAUUGUAAAGUUGGCAAAAACUGCAUUAAUAGUUUGUACAUCUGUUUCAUUGACAAAAUCCUAUUCUGAGUAAAAAUAUUUUGACAAUUCUAGGAAUGGUUGAAUGCAAAAGCUUCCUUUUGAAACCACAUCAAGUAUACCUUUUUUUCAACAAUUCUAAAUCUCUCUCUUAAGAUCCUGCAGCAAUUAUGAACUUUAAAUGUCCUUGAUAACUGCUUUGUACACCUGAAAUUUUCCCUUCUAGUUCAACAUUCAAGUUUCACUUCCAAGUUGAAUUAACAUUCUAGUUGUGUUCAAAUUUUUUCUUUUAUUUUUCCAUAACUGUCUGUAAGCACAAAAUUUGGACCAUUGACCUCUCAGAAAAUUCAAUGAUGUUGACUUUGUUUUUAAAAUUGGCAACUUUGUGAACCAGGUCUUGUUUUUAUUUCCUUUUUCAAAAAGCAAAUUGGAUGACAAUUUUGCUAGAACUAGUGUUACAUGAACCUGAAUUGCCAAUCGGCCCAUGCAGUCAUUCAAACCUUUCAGUUUAAGACAAUUAAACAAAUUUGUAAUUAAAAUACUUCUGUUUGAAGACCACCUGCCAAUCUGCGAUUGAUCAUGAAAUGAACCUGAAGAUUAUAACUGUCAGUAUUGAUUUGUGAUCUGUUGUUAUCUGACAAUUAGUGUGAAUAAAGAGAACAAAAAUCAAAACAGAUGUCUUGUGUCAUUCUCUAAUUAACUGAAAGGUAAAAGCUGAUACAACCAAAAAAUUAAAAAAUUCUAACAAUUUCAAAAAUGUCAUGGUUACUGACCAAUCAAAAUGAAUUAUAGACAAUCAGUUUUUUUUACUGCAAGAUAACAAUCUUGUCCAUGAUAAUCAAUCAAAUUGAUAUUUAUAAAAAGGAUGUGGUUCCUAUGUAAAACAUGAUGCAAACUAUUCCAAAAAUUUCUCAUUAACAGUCAAUCAAAGUAAAAAUAGUAUAAAAGAGCAAUAACAUACUUUCACCAGAAACCAGCUGUACUAGAAUUAGACACCUACUGUGUUCAUAAUGCUUGAGUCAACUUCAUGAAAUAACUCCAAUAUGGCUUGUGAACAUUCUUGUGUCCUUACUUUGUGUUAAAAACCCUCUGCUGAAGACAUGUUUUUUUUAAAGUAUCUUCUGUAUUUCUGGUGAUUUCUAAUGACCUAGUCACUCUGACUGUUGUCCUCUUAUUUAUUCAAGAUGCUCACUGAUAAGAUAAACUGCCACCAAAUCUUUUAGUUUGUACUGAUGGUAACCAGACUGUGACACAGUUUAACAGAUUGUCUGUUCUUUUUCUAUUUACAACUGCUUAUCCUUUUUUCUUAGUUCUUAAACCUUUGCUGUGCUGAUGGCUUAACUACACUAAUUUUGUGUUUUAUGUUGGUUUUUGUGAAAUUGAACAUGAAAUUUUGAUGAACAGAAGAUGUGCAUUUACAUCUUAAUUACAGUGUUUUACUUGGCAUUAUUGGUAUUUGUUUAAAAUAAAACCUUCCCAUAUGUCAAACAUAAUGUGUUUUUUUUAUGAGUUGUAUUUAUUAGAAAAACAGUUAUUACAGCUGUAACUUAAUGUUAAUUUGUGUGGUCUUACUGCUUAAAAAUGUUAUUGUUCUUACAGUCAAAUAUAGAGUUGUAUUUAGAGUUGUCAUGACAGUCUUAUAUGCGGAACCUUAAGUUCAAACAUUUCAAAUUGCUCUCCAGGUGAAUAGUUUGGGGAAUAAUUAAGUUUUAUCAAACUUUGUAAAAGUGUGCACACCUUUAGUAGAUGAAAAGGUUAAUCAGUGUUUAGAGGAUAAAGUCUUAUAAUUAUAGUUAAAUCCUCUGAGGGGGGGAAUGUGAUGAUACUGUUUCAUUUACCACAGAAACCUGCGGGCUCCCUAUAUCUUGGUCUUUCCUGGGAGUUAAAAUUUUCAUUUUCUAGGUCUUACUGCUUUUUUGGAUUGGAAAGAACUUUGUUGACCCUUCUUUGGGGAAAGCAAUUAUGGGAGGGGUGUCUAAUGGUCUUGCAUCAAAUUAGUGAGAAAAUAAUCCUAAACUUAAGAGGAGACACUUCCCUAUAGUUACAAAACUUUUUCUCUGUUUAAUUUUAUCAAGAUGUUUAUUUGAGUGUUUAACAAUGAGAUGUUUUUUUCUCCUCUCAAUCACUUUUAGUGCCUAAGUUUUCAAAUGUCUUACCCCAUGCUCUCCUAUUGCAGGCCAAAGUUGGCCAAAUAUUGACACCUACCCAAAUUUAUUGAACUCUGCAAUACUUUAAACAUGUACUCUUGAUCUGUAGGUUUAAUACAUACUUAGCUCUCCUGUGUUAUCCCAGAUAUAUAUUUUGUUCAAAAAAAGGUUCAUAUCUAUACAGCAGAUGGAAAUAAGUUUGUUUUUGAGUAGAAUUUUAUGCAAGGGAGAAGGUGAAGGGACUGGUGACCUUUUUUCCAUUAGAUAAGAAAUUCCUUCACGUUUCCUAAAGGAAUAACAAUGAAAGUUCAAAAUAAGGAAUUAUCAUUUCUGUUUGAUGCAUGGAAUAAAUUUUAAUUGUGAAAGUGAAAAUUGAUGCUUGGCUCAUUAGUGAGGCAGCUUCAUUACCACUGCAACUAAAUUAAUUUGAGGGUGAUUUUCCUUUUGUGCUUCUGUGUUUUUAUUCUUUGUUGAUUCAGUCUUAGUUGUAAUUGCAUGAAAUCUUUGUGUUUCCUUCCUAGGAAUGAAAGAUUUUCAAUAGACAUCCAAGACAAGAAUGAACUUGCAAAGUUACGAGCAGAUCUUUUACGUCAAAAAGAAAUACAGGACAAGGAACCUUCAGAAACAAAAACUGUCACAACUGUCAGGGAGAAGACAGUUAAGGAGACUGAUGGGGGACAGGGAACAACAACAACAGAGGUUAAAAAGACAACUGAGGUACACAAGACAGGGGAAGGUACCACAACAGUGACUAAAACAACAAAAACAACUACAGGAGGUAGUAAAGGUUGGUGUCUCUUUUAAUCACUUCCUGAUCUUGCUGAUAAUUCCUUUUGAGUUUUACAUCUGAUUCAAGAAUAAAUUGAUAUUAAUAGGAAAAAGAUCUCAGUUGAUCUCAAAGGUCUAAAGAAGAUACAUAGCAGUGGUUUGUACUUUGCUAGUUCAACAAUUAAACCCUUUACACCCCAACAUCAGUAUCCAUAUUCUCCAUAGUGUUCUCUAUACAUUUCCUAAGGUGCUGAUAAGGAGAAUUUGUGUAUCACUUAGAGCUUCUUCAGUUGUAAAAUGAAAUAAAACAGACAUCUCUAGAGAGUUAAAAAAUGAAAACCUAAUGUUUACAACUUCACGAGCAACACAACUUAAACUUCAGUUUAUUGAUCAGGGUGUUAUCCAUUGAAGGGAGGGUUUUUCUUGUGAAUGUAUCUGAUUCCUCUCCACCAAAAACCUACUAUUUGUAGUUUGUAUUUGAGUCUAAAGAUGUUCAGAAUGAUUUGAUAUUUUAUUCUGAAAGCACAUACAGUGAGUCACCUCAAUAUAUUGUUGUGUUAAAUAUAGUGGAUGAUUCAAUAUGUUUGAGGUUAAAGAAUUUCUUCGUAACAUUUUUGUUAUGAGAAAGUCUUGCAUGUAUUUAAGGAAAAUUUUCAGCACAAAGAAACAAAUUUUUAUGGAUAUCCAAAGGGAGGACUAGGUCUCCUGGCAGGUUUUAUUUUCCUUGUUUACAAAAUUAAUGCUAAAUUUUUAGGUUUUGCUCACUACAUUAUUUUCACCACAUUUUCAAUGAGACAGGUGCUACUGUUUGAUAUGUAACUGUCAAGUCAUUAUCACCUUCAUUUACUUUUCUUGUAUUCUUUUAUUAUCAGACAUGAAUUAUUUAACUCUCUUUUGUUUAGAGAGAACCCUGAGAGGGAAAUGUGAAAACUUUUUCACCCAUGUUCAAUUAUACUGUUUGUAGCACUCAUUAAUAUUUAACGCAUACCAAAUUUAUUCACUGUAGACAAUACGAGGUAUAGUUUAUGUUUUGAUCUAAGAAGCGGAUAUUUGUGGAAAGAAAGGUAUCAGUGUUCUACUUGGAGAAAUUCUGACAAUCUAAGUAACUUGGUUCUUUGAAAUUUGUUCACCUGAUCAUCUAUACCUUGGUAAGCAGAUGAAAAGCCUUGAAUUUCACAAAUUUAUGUCUUUAUUUGACACUUAAUACUUGUUUGUCUCUUGCUUGAGGGCCUAGCUACAGCAGGUUAUUACCCUUAGCCAUGAACGGAUAACAAAUUCUCAGAAAUAUUAGAGUACAGGGAAUUUCACAGGAGCAAAUGAGAAAAUUUUUAAAGUACUUGCUGCUCAAAGUUUAGCACUAGACAAUUGAACUUAAUUUCAGAUAACUGUGUGCAUACACUGUAAAAUAAUGUUUUCAGCAAAUUUUAUGGGGUCGAUGAAAAAAUUAAUCUUUUGAAAUAUGAACUAUUCUCAGCUCUUCAAGUGAAUCACAGAUUAUUUUUUUUAACCUUUAACUCUGCAGUACUCAUCACAAUUUCUUCAUUUAUUAUUAGGGGCUUCAAUUGAUGCACUGUUUGCACAAAGGAAGAAAGAGAGAAUGAUGGCCAAAAAGAAAGCAGAUGCAAACACAAAGGACAGAAGGAAUGCAUUUAAACAGCAGCUGGAAGCUCAAGCACCAAAAGUGUAUGUAAAAAAAUUAUUUUUAAUGUAAAGUAAUAUAGUUAAUACAGAUAAAUAUAGAUCUAGUGUGAAAAGAAAAAUCCUGGAAAAUGAUUUAUGGGUAAAAUGAUAACCUAUCUACAAUUGCCUUUGAUACCAGAGAAAUUAAUUUGGACUGAACUGUAGGAUUACAAAUUUUUAAUGAACCAAAAUUCAGUAUUGCUGCAUAUAAUCAUGACUAAAACACCAACAGCUUAUUGCCAAAGCUUCCUUUAAAGUCAGGUUUUGAAAUGUUACAUGUUUUUUCUGUGAUAAGCUAGAGCACAAUAAUUGUUUGGCUUGUUAGCUGAUGUCACCUUUAAUAUCAAUAUUACUAUUGCAGUGAAGGUGGUAGGAAGUUCACUAGUGGCAACACUGCUGUAAACCAGCUCCAGGAAUGGUGUCGUCGAAGAACUAAGUUUCAUGAGGUUAGUUGAUGCUUUCACCCAAGAAUCAGUUGAAAUUUUGGUUUCAGAAAGUAAUUUGAACUGAGCUGUUGGAUUGCAAAAUUUUUCUCUCACCCAAGAAUCAGUUAAAAUAAUCUUUUUUUUGAUGCUUUAUAAUUAAUACUGUGCAGCUGAGCACUAUAACUUCAAAGGUUCAUGCACUGUACUCAUUCAUGUUUACAAAUGAAUUUGUACGCUUUGAGGCAGCACUGGUAGAGACUGAGGAAUAGUUCAUGGCAAUAGUUCCUGAAAUUGUCACUUUUGUGUGCCAUUAUAGGGAGUGGACAUUCAGAACUUUACUACCAGCUGGGCCAAUGGGUUGGCUAUGUGUGCUCUGCUAAAUUACUUCCUACCCGAGAAGAUUCCAUAUGAAACUCUGAAUCCUGAAGACAAAAAGGGAAAUUGGACCCUGGCCUUUAAAGUUGCCAAGUGAGUAAAGUUUUAAAGACAAAAUGAAUAGUCUGUCUCUGUGUACUUUACCAGCUUAGGAUUCAUAGAGUCGUAUUCAACUGCUGUUGUGAUAACCCAGAGGCCCACAAUGUGAAGCAAAGUGAGAUAGGGUGUUACUUUCACAUUUUGGUCAUUUAUCUUAACCCUGUACACCCUAUCAUCAGUAUGCAUUGUCUCCAUACUGUUCUCUAUACAUUUCUUAAGGUGCUAACAAGGAGAAUUUGCCUAACAAUCAAGAGCCUCUUUAGUUGGUGAUCAUUUCCUUUAUUCUCAUGACCUUAGUGUGUGAUUCAGGUUUGAUAUUGUAAGGAGAAAUUAGAUGCUAGUCACUCUUAGGGGUUAAAGCUUGUACAGGGUGAUAAAAUAAUACUACAGUAACUUUUAAACAUGAUUGUUAUCAUGAUGGGAAAUAAUUAACAUCUAGUCCACCAGACUUGGGAUAUAGAGUUCAAAUGUGAACACCUGGUGCCAGGUUGUUUUGAUAUUGGACAACUAAAACACUUUGUUCUGACUGUGCCCUUCUGUGCAAGUGUGUAGAUGUUGCCUAUUCAGGGCAAGGCUUUCAAAUUUCAAGACCUUGAGCCCAGUGCCCCUCUGGGCAAGUUUGUAAAUGUUGUCAAUUGGUAAAGCUUUGAAUCUUACUCCACUAACAAUUCUCCUCAGGGGAAUGUAGAAAUCUCGUCUUUCUAUUGGUUCAUUACCUUGGAGGGCUGGUAGUUUGAUAGUUUGUUAUCACCAAUCCAGUAUUUUAAGUUCUUAUUUUGAUUUCUCCUUCAUAAAAAUGUGUCAUAUUAUUAUAUGGGGUACUUCUUUAGUGCAAGGGAAACUAGAUGAAAUGAAGUAUUCAUAUUACAUUCUCUCUGUGAUAGCUCCAGCUAUUAUGAUCGAGCUACAUGGCUAGUGAGACUGAAGAAUUUUUUGUUUGCUCUUAUCAGUGAGGAGGGCAUUGAACCUUUGUUGGAGUUGGAAGACGUUAUGGCUGUUGAUGUCCCUGAACCCAAAAGUCUGAUCACUUAUGUCCAUUUUGUCUACCAACACUUUUCAGAGAAAAAACAACAGCAACAGCAAGCAUAG